AUGGCUGCUAAUCCUGGGAAUGUCAGCAGAUGGCUGGAAGGUGAUGUGGCUGCUCAGAUGUUUCCACAGGAGGAGGGAGGUUCUGCAGGAAACAGCGCCUGGGGCUCUGUGGACCAGAAAGGGGGGACCAGCAGAGCUCAGCAGGCAGAGCAUCCCCCUGUUGCCAUGGGGACCACAUCCACAGGGAUCCAAAAAUUCAUCAGGAACCUUUGCCUUAAAAAAUAUCAUAUAAAAAACCCUAUAACUAGAGAUCCAACCGGUGGUAAGGGAGUUGAUCCUUUUAAACAUACCUCCUUGAAAAAGAGAUCCAAAAUGUUCCCACGUAAUGAGAUAGGUAAAGAGAUAGCUACCUUUCAAAAAUGUGUUGAGGAUGAUAUAAGGAAGAUGAAGGUCAGACCACCUGUUAGAAAUAAUCUGACGAAACGGGAGAUCCAAGCCAUUAAGUCACUCCAGAAGGAUAGUAGGGUUACCGUGCGCCCGGCUGAUAAAGGCGGAGCUACGGUGAUCUUAGACACGGAUCAAUAUAAUAAGGAGUGUCUACGACUGCUAGCUGAUCAGGCCACAUAUAUAAAACUUAAGAGUGACCCAAUACAAGAAUUUGUUCAGGGUCUGGAGGAUCUAUGCAAGAGAGGAUUGGAACAGGGAAUUCUCCUAAAACAAGAAAUGGAGUUUAUUUUGGACACGGAGAGAAGGUUACCGACCUUCUACUGCUUGCCCAAAGUACAUAAGAGUUUGACGAAUCCUCCGGGACGCCCUAUAGUGUCCGGAAUAGGAUCCGUCACUUCCAACCUGUCUAGAUACAUAGAUCUCCAGCUCCAACCUGUGGUGAAAAAUAACAAAAGUUAUUUGAAAGACACCACACAGAUUAUACAGAUUGUGGAGGAACUAACAAUUGAACAGGACUGGAUUAUGGGAACUCUAGAUGUCCAAUCCCUGUAUACAAUUAUAGACCAUCAGCAGGGAUUGGAGGCAGUCGAACAACAGUUGAUAAGAAAUGGCACAUUUGAGGACCCCCAAAUAAAAUUGAUAUUAGAAGAUUAUAGAACCAGUAAGAAAUCACCCAUGGAUGAUGAAGGAGCCUUUUACACAUCUCUGACAUCAGACGAGCGUUACGUGUCUCCAGACUCCAACUACUUCACUGGGAUUCUUCAAAAAGGAGAUGGCGGCACAAGCUUAGACGAUGAAGAGUUCAGCUUUGGUUCCCAGUCUCCUCAAGACAUGCCCGUGUUUCAGUCUCGAGGUUUGUUUAGUUCAGACUCAGGCAUAGAAAUGACACCAGCUGAGAGCAAAGACGUGAUCAAAACAUUGUCUGAUCCCAUGGAGGAUGAUAAAUUAGAAGCUUACAAGUAUAUUGACAUCAGCAGGUCCCCAGAUAGCAACCCAAAGCAUUCUCCCGAGGCCGAUGAGAGAAAGCCAAGCCCCAGGGUAUAUGAUUCUUCUGAUGAAGACAGUAUACACGAGGGUGACACAAAAACUUUGCAAAAAGGCCAGCACAGUGACAAAGUAGGAGAAGAUCUGUCAUUUGCACCUUAUAUGGAGGAACCUGGUAACAGUAUGGGACUGUAUAGUUACACAGGAACCGGAAAUGCUAAAAGAUCUCCAGUGAAAAUCACUCUUACUGAAUCCUCUAUUGAUAAUGACUUUAUGGAAACCAGUGAGGAUCUGUCUGAUACAGGUUUAAAACCAGGGUCUGACAUAGUUCCGACUGUUAUGGUGUCCGAGCCGGAGGACGACAGUCCUGAGUCCCUUACUCCACCAUCUAUAGAAACAGAUGGAUUUACAGACCCAUCUGGCUCAGAGAAACAGAGUAAAUUCCGCAUAUCUGAAGAUGAACUGAUCAGCGCCAUAAAAGCAAAAGAGGCAACAAAAGGUUUUCCUUAUGAAGCAGCUGAAGAGCAGAAACCUCAUAGUGUUUACUCAGAAAAGCGAGAUUAUAAAAGCACGCCUGUGCUACCAGCUGUCCCGUCUUCGCUAGAUAACGAAGCUUCGAGCACUGAAUCUGGUGACUCUGAAAUAGAGCUCGUUUCUGAAGACCAGCUGGCAGGAGAAGAGGCCAUGCAGUCUGCUUACAUGACGUUCAGUCACAUUGGCGGCCCACCACCAUCACCUGCCUCCCCAUCCAUACAGUACAGUAUACUCCGCGAGGAACGCGAAGCCGAACUGGACAGUGAGCUCAUUAUUGAGUCAUGUGAUGGUUCCUCAGCCUCUGAGGAGAGUCCAAAGAGAGACCAAGACUCCCCAAUUAUGAAACCAAUGAUGGACAUUAUCGAGGAAGAAAACAGCUCAAGAACAGAAAGUUUCGAUGCCUCGGACUUUGACUCUUAUAGCUCUACAGAAAGGAAACUAAAUAUGGAGAACCUGGCCGAGUCGGCUGCCUAUAUGAAAAGCUCUUAUGCUGAAGGAAGAUCAGAUUUAUUAAUGAUCAAAAAAGAUGAAGGACUGCAUCAGAGAAAGUCGACAGAGCCAACGGUGUACCAAAGUAGAGUCUCUCCAAAACCGAGCACGGGGACCACAAGUCCAGUGACAUUGCUCAGUAAGAAGAAAGCUAUAGACUUAUUAUACUGGCGAGAUGUGAAGCAGACCAGCAUUGUCUUUGGAAGUGUCCUUUUGAUGCUUUUCUCCUUGACUCAAUUCAGCGUGGUCAGUGUCAUCGCCUACUUAGCCCUUGCUGCCCUCUCAGCCACAAUCAGCUUCAGAAUCUACAAGUCAGUCUUACAAGCUGUACAGAAAACCGAUGAAGGACAUCCAUUCAAAAACUACUUGGACAUUGAGAUCUCCCUCUCUCAAGAACAGAUCCAGAAGUACACAGAUUGCCUCCAAGCGUACACAAACAGCAUCGUCCGAGAGCUCAGGAGACUUUUCCUAGUACAGGACCUUGUGGAUUCAUUGAAGUUUGCUGUACUCAUGUGGUUGCUGACAUAUGUCGGAGCUCUGUUCAAUGGGCUAACGCUCCUCAUCAUGGCGGUCGUGUCCAUGUUCUCUCUCCCAGCCGUAUAUGACAAGUAUCAGGCACAAAUUGACCAGUAUUUGGGGCUGGUGAGGACUAAUAUGAACACAAUUGUGGCAAAAAUUCAAGCUAAAAUUCCUGGUGCAAAACAGAAGGAAUAAAUAGUUCUAUCUAGUCCAGUCAAUUCUUGGUAAAUUGUGGAGUGUAAUGUGGAGACAGCUGUGUUCUACACUUUACUUACAGAUUAUUGCACCAUCCUCUUUUCAACACUCUGUGUUUAUGGAAACAUCAAAAAAAUAAAUAAAUCUAGGAGCAGCCGUGAACCUGCUUCGACGCUACUAGAAUACUUGCAAUCAGCCGUGUCAAGCACUAAAGUCUAGUGAAGAGAUACAAAAAGUGUACUAGAUGUUUCAUUUUUGUGUUGCUUACAAGUGCAUGAUGUUGGAAGUAAAAUAUCUUCUUUUUUUAAUUUCUUAUUUAUUAUCCUUUUUUUCGUGUUUUUUUAUUUUUCUGCUAUUCUCGGCAGCGCUUCUAUAACUUAGUGUGACGUGCGGCUAAGGCUUCAUGCUUAGGGCAUUGAUGCAAUAGAACAGACUUGCUUCAUUGUCUCUGGGCCCGCUGGUUGGAGUUAUUUCAAUGAUAUAAAUAUAUAUAUAUACGUAGAACUGUAGACUAAUGUUUCGUGUUUUUCCAGCACAAGUGAAAUCAGUGUGCGGUACUUCUCUCCGUUUUAUUUUUUUGUAUGAAUUCAACUUGCAGUACUCCUGUUGUGAGGGAUUGGGAUAUCCGAUUUACAUGUACGGUAGACAGGUCCAGCUCGUUCGGUUUAUUACGAUUUGUAAUCCAUUCUCUGUAGUUUCUAGCGGACUUAUGGACUCUGAAUAUUUGCACUUAUUAUGUACCUGACACUGAAUGCAUAAAUAAAAUGUCACUAAAUGUAGAAGGUUCUCUUCUUGUUCAGCUUGUAAAAUGUUGCCAAAACACAUCGUACCAGUCCUGACAGAUGAAACGUGACGUUCUCAAUGGCGACAAGAGUUAUUAAUGGCGCGGAUAACAUAGUCACUGUAUCUAUGUGUUGGUGUCCUAACCAAAAUAUUUCAGUACA